UGCAUCCGGAGCAGCUCCUUGAUAUCCCCAGACACAGACAGUACCAGUGUCCUACUGAUGACAACCCAUCUCUAGCGGGUUUGUUUACAAAAGGUUAACAGGUGCACUGCUACUACUACUGUUGCUGCUGCUGUCCCUCGGUUCAUUAUGGCCCAGAACCAGGUGAUUCUGCAGUUCCGCUUCGCCACAUUUGGGGACUCCAUGUUACAAAAGAUGAACCUCUUGCGACACCAGAGACGUUUCUGUGAUGUCACCGUGCGCAUCAAUCAGCUGGAGGUCCCCGGUCACAAGGUAGUGUUUGCUGCUGGCUCCUCAUUCUUGAGGGACCAGUUCAUCCUUCAGCAGGACUCCAGGGAGGUCCAGAUCUCCAUGAUCCAGGAGGCGGAGGUGGGCCGGCAGCUGCUGCUGUCCUGCUACACAGGUCAGCUGGAGUUUCCUGAGCUGGAGUUGGUGCAUUACCUGACUGUGGCCAGCUUCCUCCAAAUGGGCCACAUUGUGGAGCAGUGCACUCAGGCUCUCAAUAAGUUCAUCAAACCUCAGUCUGCAAGGCAGCUGGAAGUGGAUGUGGGUAUGAGGAGAGAGAAGAAGGAAGACGGUUUGUCCUCCCAGGCCCAGAGAGAGCAAGAGCGCUCUCAGGUUCGGACUGUUCAUCAGGAGGAGGAGGAAGAGGAGGAGGUGGGGCAAGUUGGAGACGGCAACAGUGGUGACGAUGGUGAUGAUGAUGAUGAUGACGACGACGAUGAUGUGAUCAUACAGCCUAUGUCCCCUCUCCAGAUCUUAAGCAGACGUCCAAAGCAGGGUAUGGUGGAAAGUGACAUCACUAUAGUAAAAGUUGAGUCUGUGUCUGACAUAGCAGAAAACUCCAUCACUGGUCACUUCCCCACCAGCCCACCUGCUGCCCUCCACUCUCCUGAGCCCCAGCACUCCCUCAUCAACUCCACUGUGGACAGUCGUGGCAGUGAGAUGGCGGUUCCACCUGGUGUGGCCGGAUACCCGCUCAGCCCCCCUCCUCAGUCCCCUCCUGCAGAGAAACACAACGUGCACCAGAGGAACUACGACAAACCUCUCCAGUGGUACCACCAGUGCCCCAAGUGUGCCCGGGUCUUCCGCCAGCUGGAGAACUACGCCAACCACCUCAAGAUGCACAAGCUGUUUAUGUGCCUGCUGUGUGGCAAGACCUUCACACAGAAGGGCAACCUGCACCGACACAUGCGUGUCCACGCCGGCAUCAAGCCCUUUCAGUGUAAAAUCUGUGGUAAGACCUUUACCCAAAAGUGUUCUUUGCUGGAUCACCUAAACCUGCACAGCGGGGACAAGCCACACCGCUGCAACUACUGUGACAUGGUUUUUGCUCACAAGCCAGUUCUCCGUAAGCACCUCAAACAGAUCCAUGGGAAGAACAGCUUUGACAACGCAAAUGAACGCAACCUGCAUGAGGGAGGGCUUGACUUUGAUAUGAAAUCUGUGGACCUUUUUUAGUCGCUUUUAGCUGUUGAAGACACUGACACGGAUUAUACAAAGCUGGAGCGAGUGAUUCCUUGGAGGAGCCAACAGUUGCAUUAUCAAAAAUGGACAGAUGAAUGAACAUAAUGGCUGGUUUCCAUAUGUGUCAGCCUCUUCCUGAAGGGUUUAACUAGAAGACUUAAUAUAAGAGAAGAUUCCCUGGUCUACAUUUCACUGUAGCUUCAUUAAUGUGGACUGUUUUUAUUUUUUUUGUCUACAGUACUUUGUAGAUGCCUUCAUAUCAUACUUGAAACUUCAGCACUGAAACGAAAAACAUAUUGACUGUACUUCCUUAGUUUUAUUGAUGAAUUGACAUGUCUUUGUAUCUGUGUUAUUCAAUUUUUUUUAAAAAAAAUUGCAGAUGAAAAAUAUCCAUAUGUAUAUUGUGUAUACAGUCUACUGUAGCCUUUCUUUCCUGUGUGGAUAUGACAACAUGGACUUCAUAACUAAAAAGAAACUUGAAAGAGGUUGGGUAAGAAAAAAUAUUUUAUUGAAGGCAAGCUAUGCCAGUAACAAAUGGGAUGCCAAAGUGUCUGUGUGAACUGAAAUGGUUCUUUUAUACAGACUUUAUAUCUGACGUACUAUCAGACCAAAGUGACAUUGUAUCUGUCCUGUGUUCAUAGAAGUCAAUGUGUGUUAUGAAAUUAAAAACUGACUCUUAAUCA